AUGGCUCACUUUGCUCCCGUCACAGCAGAAUGGCACCCUUCGCUUGCAAAUCAACAUCGCAGCAAUCUGCUCAGCCAUGGCAAGCGAAGGGCCGAAGACGAGCUCGAGUCUCAAUCCAACAUCUCGUCGCAUUUCAAGAAACUCCGCCUGAAUCAGGCCAAUAACCAGAGCAAUGCAUUAUCACACCAAUAUACGCAACCUCCCAUAUUCACGCCUUCGGUGGCGCCGUCGUUGCCCUCCCAGGCUCAACGGCUUCGAUCCAGCUCACCCACGAGCCCCUCUACAGUCUCGUUCCGCCCACACAUCGCCAACACCGAUGCUCGACCCGCUCUACCUCUUCCCUCGUCCAUUCAAUAUGACAACGGACUGCCUCCUCCACCCCAUCCUACACCCGUUCCUCAAAUACACAUCAAGCCACCUACCCUCCCUGAUGCCGACUUCAUGACCGUCGACGACACCCCUCACAGGAUAAUCAUCCAUGACCUCGAGUCGGAGAUUGCACAAAUCGAAGCCGAGGAAGCAGCCCAUAACGCCACAAUAUUCCUCCCAGAUAUAGACAAAAGGGUCUCUAGUAUGCCGCAGAAACUGCUCCGGUCGCAGAAUCCUGACCGACUUCCCCAAUCUGCGGGGCUGCCACCCGAGAACCUAAAUACAGCGCUGGUACUAUACAGAGACCCCAGUAGCAUAUCGGUGCCAGAGGAGGAGGAUGUGGUCAGAAAGACGAUCAUUGAGGCGAGAAGGAGGGCGAGGGAAAAGACGGCGGAGGAACAAAGAGAAAGAGAGAGGCGAGAAGCGGAGACCAGAGCUCUACAACUACAUAACCAAAGGAGGGUAGAAUGGGAUGAUGCAAUGACAGACAAUUCCAUUCAAGGGGAGGGAGACGUGGAUGACGAUCUGGAUGCAAUGGAAAUAGAAUAG